UAGUCCAGCUCUUCGGGCUGAGGGAUGCCUGUUUCCCAGGUCUGUCUGAGCCGGAGAGACCGCUGAAGAGGCAGCCCGCCCAGACAGCUGGCCAAAGGGCCGGGCACCUGGGCACGUAGCCGUAUUAAUCAUUUUAUCCACCGCUAAAACGAGGCUAACUGGGGCGGCUAGCGGUGCUCGGGCGACGCGGGAGCUAAGAAAGGAAAAAGAACAGAUCUCGUUUGAAAAGCUGCAGUUUAGGCCCUCCACGGGUCGUCACACACGGCUGAGCUUGUCUCACCGCCUGCAAGAGCUGGAAGACUGAGUCACACCACGAAAUACCACGGUCCACAGCCCCUGCCAAGACGGCCGUGCUGCCAGCCGCACGAGCGCAGGUAACUCUUACUCUCAUUGCCGUGUUGUUAGCUCUGUAAAACCCACUCUGCUUGCUUAUACAAGCUGGGUAGCCCUCUAGCCUCUGUUUGGCACCAGCUUUUGGCAUAUUAGGAGGUUAAGGCCUGAUUUGCCCCUGUACAGCAGCAGUAAGCGCUAGGAAAAAAAGGGCUGGUUAGUUUUUCAGUUGUGAGUUGUGGGUGGCCGUGGGAGGUCAGUCGGGAAAUCCGAUCUCCAUCGUGGGCCGAGGGCUUCAGCGAGCGUCAAACAAGAGAGGUGAGGGGCAACUAAGCCUGGGUCUUUGGCAGAUGAAUAACGUGUCCGUCAUGUAUGUCCCAGGGGCGGCUGACGAAGCAGGACUGGGUUCAUCCCCGGAUUGCUCUGAGGCUGUGAAAGUACUCGGUGGGCAUGCAGAGAGCGGCAUACAAUUUCCACUACAGCUGCCAGUGGUGAACGAAACGCCUUGGUUCUGCAUGUGCAGCAUUUAGUCCUGCUGCCCAGGCGGGUUUACAAGAUCUGCAUCUUCCACAGGCGCCACUCCCCUGCAGCUCUCCUCUCCGGCGAUGGCAGCACCGAAGGUGGCCGUGGUUGGUGCGGGAGUUGUCGGGCUGUCCACAGCACUGUGCAUCGCGGAGACCUUCCCCGCCUGCUCCCUCGCUGUCGUUGCAGACCGGUUCACCCCUGACACCACGAGCGACGUGGCUGCGGGGAUGCUCAUCCCUCACACCGCCCCAGGCACACCGAUUCACGUGCAGAAGCAGUGGUUCAAAGAGACCUUCACUUACCUUUUUGCCAUCAGCAAUUCAGCAGAGGCGUCAGAGGCUGGCAUUCACCCCGUGUCUGGCUGGCAGAUCUUUAAGAGCACUCCCAAAGAAGAGUUACCGUUCUGGUCUGACAUUGUCCUGGGAUUUCGACCAAUGUCUGAAGCUGAACUCCAGAAAUUCCCACAGCACAGAUUUGGUCAGGCCUUCACGACACUGAAAUGCGACUGCCCACCCUACCUACUGUGGCUGGAAAAAAGGUUGAAAGCAAAAGAUGUCCAGCUGUAUACCAGAAAAGUAGCAAACUUAUGGGAGCUGCACAGCGAAUAUAACAUCGUUGUUAACUGCGCGGGCAUUGGUGCCCACCAGCUUGUGGGGGAUCAGAAGCUGUUCCCUGUCAGGGGCCAAGUACUCAAGGUUCAUGCUCCUUGGGUGAAAAACUUUGUCCGGGACGGGGAUGGCUUGACUUACAUCUACCCAGGGAUACACAGUGUAACCCUAGGGGGAACCAGGGAAAAAGAGAGCUGGAGCCUCUCCCCUGAUCCUAGCACUACCAAAGACGUCUUUGACAGAUGUUGCUCCCUUGAGCCCUCACUUCAGCGAGCUCAGGAUAUAAGGGUGAAGGUGGGCCUGAGGCCGACCCGAGCGUGUGUGAGACUGCAGAAAGAGGUCUUGAGCCAAGGAGGAGCAAAGCUCCUGGUGGUCCAUAACUAUGGUCACGGGGCAGGUGGCUUUUCAACGCACUGGGGCACUGCCAAAGAAGCUGCUCGCCUGGUAGGGGAGUGCAUUGCUUACCUACAAGGCUCCUCAUCGAGGGCCAAGCUUUGAACCCAGAGGCUUUUUCUCCGUUAAUGACAGGCUAAUAUUGCACCCCCUAGUAGCAUCUUUGGACUCCUGGAUGGAAGGAACAUAAGCGGACAGCUGGUGCCACUGCAGGUGCUUGGUGGUAUCUCACCUGUCUUCCAGCUGCCACUCCAGGAAGGUGUGUUGGCUUCAUCCAAGCAUUUGCACAAAUGCCUCUCUCCUCCAUCUAGUAUUGUUCCAGCCCUAGUGAUUUCUCCUAGCUUGGAGUUGAAGACGAUGAGAGAUAUUAAAUAUCCUUCAUAUAGCAGGAAUCAGAUGGCUGAAACA